AUGACUGACUCCCAACAGCCCGAGAUCAUUCUCUACGACUUGGCUUGCACCAAGAACGUUUGCUUCUCUCCUGUAGUAUGGAAGAUCCGUCUUAUGCUCAACUACAAGAGAAUCCCAUAUGAAACCAUUUUUCUCGAGUUUCCUGACAUCGCGCCGACCUUAGAAAAGCUUGGUGUCGCCUCGCAUCCGCCAGGCUCCAGAUCUCAUGUGAAUUACACAGUCCCUACCAUCAAGCAUGUUGCUACAGGCACAUUCCUUAUGGACUCACCAGCCAUCGCCAAGUUUUUGGAGACUACUUACCCCAACCCACCUCUUCCACUUAUAUCCGACCUUGGCCAAGAGAUCGAGGUCAGUGCCCGUAGCGCGAUAGGUCCAGCAUUGCGUGUCUCAAUCACACCACGUGAACAUCUCAUACUAUCACCCCGGUCUCAGGAAUAUUUUCGUGCCAAGAGUGAAACCCAACUUGGCUGCAAGUUGGAAGAUUUGAUGAAUGAAGAGAAAGAAGAAAAGACUUGGGAAGGUGUCGGGGAGAAAAUGAAAGAGCUCAGUGAGUUGAUGAUGACGAACAAGGAGAAUGGGCCGUUUGUAUUGGGAGAUCGUCCGAGUUACACGGACUUUUUCAUCGCUGCUUCACUCCAGUCAAUGAGGACCAUUGAUGAGAGUGUGUUUCAGCGGUGCGUGGCAUAUCCUGGUUUCAAGAUCAUUUAUGAAGCUUGUUUGCCAUGGAUGGAGAAGAGAGAUUAG